AUGGAACCCCAACACGUUGAGAAUGCUCCUGCUAAUGAUGUUGUUGCCCCUCCUCCUGGUAAUACUAAUAAUGUUGAGGAAGAUGUUCUUCCUCAACAUCCCUUAGGUGCUAGUAGGAGAUUAAAAUCUGAUGUCUGGCCUCAUUUCACUAGGAUGAUGGUUUCUAGGGUAUUGAAAGCUAAAUGCAACUACUGUAAGAAGGUCUUGGAUGGGAAAUCUAGUAAUGUGUCUGCCUCGGAAGUGAAAGCGUUGGAGGGGAUGUUCUCGGCAAUGGCAAUGGAUGAUGUAACGAUAGAAGAGAGCACAGAUGGAGCUGAAGUGCCGUCCCAGAUGGGAGGAGAUGAAGACGAUCAUGUCGUGAACCUUGUGGACAAGUUGUCUAGUUCUAGGUUUGUAACUGCUCUGCUCACAUUUCCCUACUAA